GCUGCGAAAUGUCCCUCCUCGUCCUCUAGAUGCAGGUCUGAGGCCGCUCUCAACACCGCCAGCACCUAAGCCAUCGCUCCAGGUGCUCGACUCAUCAUUCUCCAACUUGUAUCUCUCGUUCUUGCCCGAAACGUCGUCCACAUCUAAUCUCUCCAUCCUGCGCUCCCGCCUUGUCAUCUUGUCUCUCCUUUCCUCUUUCGCUCCUUAGUCUACUUCGCUCAUGUCUGCUCCGCCAUCUCCUCGCAUCGGCCCAUCGUCCAUCGACAAAUCCCGCUCAAAGAGGAGAGAAAGACCCCCUGCGCUCGAGUUUCCAGAUCCAAAGGCUGCUUCCGAUGGAGACGUUCGUUAUGAUCGCAAUCGCGUCCUUGACACACUCCAGCCACGAUUACACGUAUCGCAUGCAGAAGAACCAGCCACAAUAAACCGCGAUCAACUCACAGCGACAGACCAUGAACAACCGCGCUCUCCAUCCGCAACGUCCUCUCUCGAUCCUUAUUAUUUCGGCAUGAGCACCCCGCCAGAGUCUCCUGUUCCGCCUCUGCCAACGAACGCCCUACUACCAAAGACGCCCGACAUGAGCACUCUGCACGACCCUGUUACGCCCGGAAAGGAUCCUGCCUCGAUUGAUCGCCGAGGUUUGGUCGGAGUGGGCGAGUUGGCCACUCCUCGCUGGACGCGGAGCGAACGACAACAUCAUCAUGAGGUAGAUGUGGAUGAGCGAGUAGACGAAGUGGAAGAGGAGGACGACUCGGUACAGGUACCCGCAUCAGGAGAGUACGAAAAAGACAUGCCUGAUAGUCCUUGGACAAUCGAGGCAAUUGACGGCGAAGAUGACGAAGAGAUCGAGGAUUUGGAUGUACCAUUAGUUCCACCAUCCCUUCGCAACAGACAUUCCAUGGCUAGUGAAAGUGGCGGCGAGGAGAUCCUGUAUCCUCGCCAUCCAAAGCUAGUUGACUCUCCUGCGUCAGAGGCUGCGCAAUUCGCGACGCCGGAGAGGAAACCAAUCAAGCUUGCCGAGUCCGCCAGUAUAUCCAGUGAAGUCGUUGGUUCGCCACCAACGUCUUUCGUUUCUCCUACUCACCGUGCGCGAAAAAGAACUUCAGAAGAGUUUGAAAUGGACAAUACUGGUUCUGUCCUCCCGAAAUCGGUGACGGGGACCACGAAUACGCCCAAGGAGAAGGAUAAAACUGCGGUCCGGAGACACAGAAGUUUGGGUGUAGGUAUACCUUCUGCUACAACGCCUCGCGACAAGGCAAAAGAAAGAAGACGUGAUACGCUAUCUGUCAACGUAAAGCAUACGAGACAGACAUCUGCUAGCUCUUCCUCAUCUAAUCAUGGCGAGAAUUUGCACUCGCGUCGCGUGCACACCGCAGACUUUUCUCACCUUCCUCCUUCACCUUCUUCAUCCUCUAUCCAGCAGUUCUUGCGCCACAGAGAUUCCAACGGUAAUAAUGCGUCUGCUCUGCAUACCUCCCCACGAGACUCUCAACAACCGCAGGCAGCCAGCGUCGCCCAUUCGCUCUUGCGCGGCACGCAGGAAGGCUGGUCUGAUCUUGACGACCAAGCUACAGCUGAAGCUUUGCGCAAACUCGACGGCUUGACCGGAAGAAGCGCACGCGCACGUUCCAGUAUCGGUGGACAUAGUAGAGUCGGGAGUUCGAGCCGACCUGGGACGCCCGUUAAGAACUCUACGACUCGCGAAGCAAUUGUGUCAACUCCGGAUAGCACGCAAAAUCGUCGUGCAAGUCGACGCAUCAGUGCACACGCUAGUUUGGUUGGUAAGGAGAAGGGAAAAGACUUCCCAAGUGUGUCGCAGAAGUACGCUGGAUUGGGCAUUGCCGAAGAUCAAAUCGAUGGUGAACAAGCUACUGCUUCCGUCACUGCCUCUGCGAGUGGUGAAACUCAUUCAUCAAGCUCGCCGUCAUUCGAGAAGACCACGAAAAAGACUGGGAGCGCCAGCGCGCGAUCUAGCUUCACCCCGAAGCGCAGCUCUGGUGGAUCUACUACUUAUACGAGCACGCCCACUACCAGCUCACGGGACUCUGCUUCUUUGUCUAAUGCUACCAGUGUUACCUCUGUUUCUGCGCAGUCACACAGACAAUCCCUGAGCAAGAAUAGGAGGAAUAGUGCUGGAAGUGACAUCUCCAGCAUCUCCACCGAUGCUGCCAAUAUCCGGGACCGUGCUGCUGCCAUCGCUUCUACCGACGCGACCGAGGAUAACAUUGUUCCGCCUGUACCACCAUUGCCUAAAGACAUAUCCUCGUACAAGCCUCCAUCUACAGCAGGUAGUGUUCAACUGACCGUCACCGAGCCCAGUGAAGACAAGGAGAAUGAGAAACAGAAAGACUCGGACAGAGAGCAGAAGCCACGCGAGAAUACUAGUCGCGAUCGUGUUGUGCCCACGUUGGAACCAGUCGCAUUUCCGCACACGCCUUCCAAGCAGCGCUCGCUUUCUGUGCACCAACCUUCAACGCCGACAUCCUCAACGACUCCUCACAAGACGCCUUCGAAGAAAUGGAGCUUCUCGAACGCACUUGGCAAGCUUUCCAAAUCUCCAUCGAUUUCUUCUAUGAAUGUGGAUGCGGCGUCACCUAGGUCAUCUCGGGCUCUCUCCUUUGGACAAAGUCUGCGCAAGUCAAGUUCGAAGGAUCAGCCGCUUUCCCCUGUUGUUCCUACGGCGUCCAAACGGAGUAGCGAGGAUUGGUCGCCUAUUAAUGUUGAUGCUAUGGCAUCUGCUUCGUCAUUAGCCUCGAUGUCGUCUAUUGGAUCUGUCAAAGGCCCGAUCUCGCCACCGGCUUCUGCACCUCCGCCCAUUACGACGUCCAAGACUCCCGAACGUUUUGUUCCCAGUCGUUCAGAGACUGCAUCGAGCGCAAGUACUAACUUGACAGCUUCAGCGCCGAUCUACAGUCAACCCCUUAGCCCUGCUUCUUCUGUCCGACGAGGCCCGUCGACUAAACGGCUCACUCCGUCAUCGAUCCCAUUCUUCCGACGUUCGUCAUCCCAAUCGAUGCAGCAUCCUCCAAACAGCGCAAACUCGUCUUCUCUUUCACCUACAAACUUGGCGGGACCCAAUCAGCAUUCUCAUGGCACGCACCUUCGUGCCUAUCCUAGUCGUUCCCCUCCAAAGGAUGUUGGAAACGUUUCGUCCUCUUCGGUUUCAGUGCCUGGAUCUGUUCAGAAGAAGUCGGUACUUAGUCUUGGUCUUCCUUCAUUACUAAAGGGUUCCAGCUCCAGGAGAAGUUUACACUCAGACAAGGAGAAGAGCGACGCGAAACACGGUAGGGAUCCACUCUCAAGAGACAAGGACAAGUCGAAGAAAGACGAAAGAGAUCGUAGCGAGAGUAGGAUAUCAGUCUUGAUGGGGCGGAAGAGAGGCAAGACUGUGUCUUCUGCUCAGCCGAAAAAGCCUGCGGAACCUGUGGCCUUACCUCCCAUGCAGAUCUCUGCUCUGCCACCAGUCACGGCCCAGAGGGUCGCCAGUCUCAAAUCCGGCUCAUCGUCUUCGCUCUCGUCGAAUCAGAGCAUGCCCAAGGCGUCGUCGUCGCGCGUUACUGCUCAGACUGUGAGCUCAAUGCAGAAGCAGUCUGACUCGUCGCUACGAAGUCGACAUCAGCUACCCACCAUUGCAGGUUCUCCCAGUGUUGGCUCGAUUUCACAUGGUAGUAUGCGAGAACCGAAGGACGCCCCUCCGUCGUCAUCGCUGAACGUAUCGUCUGCCCUGUCAAAGGAGACGCCUACGAAGAUACCUCGUAUUUCUAGUCGGUCCUCGGCAACGAACUCGCCCACUCUGAAGAGCAACCGCCGAACGAGUACGCUCAUUGGAUCGAGCUCUGGGAUUCCUACGUCUCGUGACGCCUCGCCUGCUGCGACGAACGAGCCAAUGAACGAAUUCGGCGUCCUUGAGAAUGGCACUGGUGCCGCAGCGUCAAAGGCAGGUGCUACGUCCAGUCAGCGACAUUCCGUACGGGCUUCUCCUUCUACGACAGCUUCUCGUGUUCCUCGUCAAGUUUCUAAUUCUUCUUCUGCUACUCUCAACGGAGGUGUAACCCGCAAGAGCAAUCGCGAGUCGAUCUCAUUCAGUGGGUUACGCAAGUCAUCGACUGGCUCGGUGGCCUCUAUUUCCGUCAACCCUCCUCCUGAAACGCAGACACAGUCUAGUCAUCGGUUCUCUGCUCUGUCGCCAUCAAAGGGAUUGAAGCUCUUGAGUCCAAAGAUGUCUCUGCCGACUGCACGCGGGGCAAGUUCUUCAUCACAAAGUCUUAGUCAGGCUAUGGCGUCCCCGUCUUCAAGCCGACAAUCGUUGUCAACACCUUCUCCUGCUCCUAGCCCCAUUGACGAAGAAGAGAUGCUUGGUGACGAGGAAAUGAUGCAAUAUAUCAGGAGACAACAAGCCAAGAAGCUUGCUAACGGUGUGAGCCAGCAUGAAUUGGACGAAAUGUUACGUUUCCCAGAACCCAUCCGUCCGGUUUCUCCCCUGUCUCCAGCCGCUAUAUUCAAGAGCUCUCAGGCCAAGUACCUUUCGGAGUACGAAUGCAAGGAGAUCCAGGAAUAUCAGUCAGUGUACUAUAUUGGGGCGAACAGCAAGAAGAACUUGGCCACCCUAGACAACUCGACAAACAACCAUGGCUACGACGAUGAGCGAGGCGACUAUCUGGUCGUCCCCCACGAUCAUUUGGCAUUCCGUUAUGAGGUGAUCGACACCCUUGGCAAGGGCUCGUUCGGUCAAGUCUUGCAUUGUCGUGAUCAUUGCACCGGAGAGUCUGUCGCCAUCAAGAUCAUUCGCAACAAGAAGAGGUUCCAUCAUCAGGCUCUCGUUGAGAUCAAGAUACUCGACAGCUUGCGCAAAUGGGAUCAGGAAGAGAAACACCAUGUCAUCAAGAUGACUGAACACUUUUACUUCCGUGGCCAUCUUUGCAUUGCAAUGGAGCUUCUGAGCAUCAACUUGUACGAACUGAUCAAGGCGAACGGAUUCGUUGGAUUUACAACAGCUCUUAUCCGCCGGUUCACGAGUCAGAUGCUCCAAUCGCUGGCUCUGAUGAGACAUCAUAGGAUUGUGCAUUGUGACUUGAAGCCUGAGAACGUUCUCCUGCGGCAUCCAGCGAAGAGUGCGAUCAAGGUCAUUGACUUUGGCAGUAGUUGUUUCGAGCAUGAGAAGAUCUAUACGUACAUCCAAAGUCGUUUCUACCGGUCACCGGAAGUUAUUCUAGGCAUGAACUACCACAUGGCGAUCGACAUGUGGAGUUUAGGUUGCAUCCUUGCGGAACUUUAUACCGGCUUUCCCAUCUUCCCUGGCGAGAACGAACAAGAGCAGCUCUCGUGCAUCAUGGAAGUUCUCGGUGUUCCAGACAAGGAGUUCAUCAAUCGAAGCUCACGGAAACGACUGUUCUUCGAUACAACUGGGGCUCCCCGACCGGUUGUGAACUCUAAAGGUAGACGAAGGCGCCCCGGCACCAAGUCCCUUGCUCAAGUCCUCCGAUGUGACGAUGAGCUCUUCCUUGAUUUCAUCUCCAAGUGUCUGGUGUGGGACCCGGAGCGACGGAUGAAGCCACAGGCUGCCUUGCGGCAUCCAUUCGUCACAUCUGGUAAAAAGCCUGCGAAAGUUUCGAGCCCUACUCCGAGCAGUACUGCAAAGUCGUUACUGCAGUCUACGACUUCCAGCUUCACCAGCAGCCGGAGCAGCAAGCAGAUUCUUGAGACCCCCAAGAAGUCACUUAUUAGUGCUCCGACGCCGCUCACUGCUCGAACUACACGUCUUGGGACAGGCGCUAUUCCUACGACCCCGAGCACUUCGAACACUGCUCAUAUAUCACUUGGCUCUGGCUCGCGAUCAUAUAGAUCUUCACAGGCUCAGCCGGCCUCAUAUCAUUCUAGCAGAUCCUUGGUACGUGAACUCUUCAAGUCACAACUGGGAAGACGUCCUAACCUUCCUCCCACAUCGUACAGGCCGCAAAGUAACGACAUCAACUGACGAACUCCGCACUACUAUUUAUCUUAUAUCCUCGGGCAAAUGACGAUGCUCUCGACACGCUAGCGAGUCUCCUAUUCCUCACGUCCAGAUAGUUAGUUGUCGCAUACCCCUGUUCCCAAGUGUAUUUCACUCGGCUGCGGAACAGCCGCUACUUGAUUUGCUCUCUUCUUUUCUGUGCAUGAUUAGUUGUUUUAUCUUCUCGUUCUUUCGUUGCUGGUUGUUUUUGUCUUUUCUUGCACAUCACUUUCACGAUCGCAUUCAUCAGCGUCCCUCUGCAAAGCUUACAGUAAUGCCAUUACACAUAUCUCUCUCGGAAUAGAUACCAGUGCGGGAUGGGUCUGCCUGUUGUAAGUUACUCUAAUGCUGACUGUCUGAUAACAACCUGUCAACCGAUCUCGAUAU